AGAAGGGCGGCGGUUUCAGUACGAUGCGCUGAAGGAUGGUGCACCAGGAGAAACGCGUAUACCAGGCCCAGAGAAAUGAGAGAGAGUGCAUCAGGCAGAAACUUGCCCUUGGCAGUUUCUAUGACGACGAGCCAGUCAUCUACACCAGCUGCAGCAAGAAUGGCCUGUCCUCCCGGCUGCAGAGCGGGGUGAACCUGCAGGUGUGUUUUGUGAACGACAGCAGCAGCGACAAAGACAGCGAUGCCGAGGACAGCCGGACGGAGACCAGCCUGGACACGCCGCUGUCCCCAGUGAGCAAGCAGAGCUCAUCGUUAUCGGACCGGGACACGGCGGAGGAGGACUCGGACCCGUUGGAUGACUGCGGGGGGUUCUGGCGGGUGCAGCGGAGGCUGCAGGAGGAGGCCCGGGUGGCGUUGGCUCUGGCUCGACCCAUGGCCCGUAUGCAGGUGGAGGUGGAGAGGCAGAUCCAACUGCACAGACGUUCACCUGUGGCUGACUUGCUUCCCCAUCUGCCCCACAUCAGCGAGUGCUUGAUGAAGAGGAAUCUGAGGCGAGGGGACAUGAGGGACAUGAGUCUCGGACAGCUGCAGGUCAUCUCAAAUGACUUACACUCACAGAUUCAGAGUCUAAAUGAGGAGCUGGUGCAGUUGCUGCUGAUACGGGACGAGCUGCACGUGGAGCAGGACGCCAUGCUGGUGGACAUAGAGGACCUCACCAGGCACGCUCACCGCCAUCAGCGGCACCGAGCGGAGAAGGCCAUCUCUAAAUAAACCGCACGUCUCCACGUGUGUCCGUCUGCACGCCAUCUUACCUCUCCGCUCCGUGGAUCGCCACCGGUGUUACUCAUGAAGCUCCAUCUGUGCUGAAUGUUUUCCUGAGAAGUGAAUACACCAUAUACCCAGUGUUAUUACACAGACGUACCACAUUAAAUGUAACGCGCCACAGAAUGUCGUCGAGUGUCAGAGGACAUCUUACGGGAGCACAUCGCUGCUAUCUGUAUGGACACUGUUUUUUCACUUCCACUCAGUAUGAUUAAUCAUGCCAUAUUUUAUAGAACUAGGGGACAUUAAACAUUAUUGCAUCUCCCUUACCCCCGAUUGACCUCUUCAUGAUUUUGCACGGUAUACACUCAUGUUGAUUCUGGGAUGGAGUAAGCGCCUGCUUGCCUUGUUCCUCCGUUGUCUGAUGACUUCUCGGGGCCACGCCUGACUGCACUUUGUCUUUUCUUUGUCACUAUAUAUCAAGAGAUCGGUCAGUUCAUUUCUUCAUCUAUUUAUCAUUACUUUUACUAUAGGAGCACUGUGUCUGUUUGCUGUUCAUCACUGCAUUUCACUAUUGAACACGUCCUACUCUCUGAGAUGUUGCCAUGGAAAAUGAUGAACGCUGAGUAAAUGUGCAGCUUAGCUUCCCAGUGGUGUUGGAGUGCUGCAGCAGCUUCUCGGAGGUCUUGUGGUUCGAUUGCUGCUGCAGUUUCCACCGGCUUUAAAGCUGCACUACAGAGCUGUGCUGAACAUGGACAACUUUAUUUAAACACAUGUGUAUUUGUCAAAUGCCUUGAUGUACCUGGUAAUAUACACAACAUGACAUAUAAUUGUUUUUAACUGGUUCAUUCAUAGGGACAGGAAAAAAAGCAAAAGUGGAAAUACAAAAUAUGCAAAUUAAUUGUUUUGCCCAAUUUACUAAUGCUAAAAGGGGGUGACCACGAAAACAUAUAUAUAUAUAUGAAUAAAUCACAGCCUAAAUAUAUACAAUUUAUCUGUUCAGAGGAUUUAUGGACAUACUGUAUGUAAAUGUUAAAAUAUACUUUAUUAAAAGGAUGAAGAACAUGCCUUGUUGUCUGGCGUGUUUGAGUGUUUUCACUUUCAGCUUUUUAAGAUUGUUAUUGAACACAAGUCAAACUUUCUUUUCUAAUAUGCUAUAGUGAUCAAUGUAAUGUAUAAUGAUUGUAAAAUCAAAACUCCAGUAAUAAAUGUUUCAAAUGUG